CGUCCCCUUGGAUGCCAGAGCCACCGAGACUUGACCAUCACUGCCAGCUGCCGCCAUGCUGACUGCUGAAGACCAGAGCCUCAUCCAGCAAAGCUGGGAGAAGCUGAAGGGCAAGGACGAUGCCGGAGCCGAGGCCUUGGAAAGGAUGUUCAUGACCUACCCCCAGACCAAGACCUACUUCCCCCACUUCGAUAUCCAACAUGGCUCUGAGCAGGUCCGCAACCACGGCAAGAAGGUGGUAGAUGCCUUGGGCAAAGCCAUCAAGAACAUGGGCAACCUCAGCCAGGCCCUGGCUGAGCUCAGCAACCUGCAUGCCUACAACCUGCGUGUCGACCCCGUCAACUUCAAGCUGCUGGCACAAUGCUUCCAGGUGGUGCUGGCUGUGCACCUGGGCAAGGAUUACAAACCUGAGGUGCACGCUGCCUACGACAAGCUCCUGUCGGCCGUGGCUGCCGUGCUGGCUGAGAAGUACAGAUGAGCUGCUGCCCGCGCCCCGGUGCCUUCAAUAAAGAUGCUUUUGCUGACAA